CGAGUCACGUUCAAUAAAUGUCGUCGUAAACGAAGGCGAAAGUCAUAAUAGACGUUGCGGAUUGCCUGCCUAACUCCGGGGAUAUUACAAACACCACCCAACGUUAAAGUGCAUGUGAUUGGCUUGUAGCUUUGGUCACACGAUGGUGCGGGCCAUAUGGGCGGUGCUACGGGCGGUGACCUCCCAGGGAGCAUCAGUGUUGAAAACAAACGUACCUGCUGUCACCUCAAGCGCUCGUCUGCGUAGCUGCACAGCUUUUGGACAACAGGGUACUGCGUUCUUCAGAGCUUUAUCCAGUGACGUGCAGCGCCUACCGUAUUCAGCCAGAAUGCCUGAGGUAACCACAGACCACCUGGAUGAGAAACAGGUGCAGUUGCUGGCCGAGAUGUGCAUCCUCAUCGACGAAAAUGACCAACGGAUUGGCGCUGACACAAAGAAAAACUGCCAUCUAAAUGCCAACAUUGAUAAAGGGUUACUACACAGAGCAUUUAGCGUCUUCAUUUUCAACAGUGACGAGAAGCUGCUUUUACAACAGCGGUCUGAUGCCAAAAUCACAUUUCCAGGCUGUUUCACAAACACAUGCUGCAGUCACCCUUUACACACAGACAGUGAGCUGGAAGAGAAAGACGCUAUUGGUGUGAGGAGAGCUGCUCAGAGGAGACUGGAAGCUGAACUGGGUAUUCCUAUGGAACAGGUGACUCCAGAUGAAAUGACAUAUCUAACAAGAAUCCAUUAUAAAGCCCAGUCCGAUGGUGUUUGGGGAGAACACGAGAUUGACUACAUCCUCUUCAUGCAGAAGGAUGUGGAGUUGAGCCCGGACCCCAAUGAAAUCAAAAGCUACUGUUAUGUGAGCAAAGAAGAACUACGUCAAAUGCUGGAGAAGGCCAAACGGAAAGAACUAGAAAUCACUCCUUGGUUUCAACUAAUUGCAGAAACCUUUCUCUUCAAAUGGUGGGACAAUUUGCAGAACCUUAAGCAAUUCAUGGAUCAUGCAAACAUCCAUCGCAUGUAAUCGGCUAAUCACUUCUACAGUCGGGUUAUAUUUCCCUGACAUUUCAAACUUUUGGUCUUGACUGAACCAGAUAGCUUAUGUAAUGUUAUCACAUGUAAGGUGAAAGGAAAGUUUGAAGCUCAAAGAUACAUUGAAUGGUCAGUGGAUGAGAGGACAGAAAUAGUUUGGUUAAUUAGUGAGCCGUGAUAAACUUCACGCUGUAUUAGUUAGCAAAGUAACGGAUAACAAUCAUGGGGAUAGCCUAUUUUCCUAUCGUGAAUAAAAUCAGGAAGAUGCUUGGUCACAUGUAAUAAACUGUAUAAUACGUAAAUGCUGCUAAGUAGUAAACUGGUUACUCUAAAUGCAAUUUUUCUGUCGUAAAUAAAAUCAUGAAGAUGCUUGGUCACGUUUAAUUUACUGUAUGAUAUGUAAAUGCCGAAAAGUAGUACAGUGAUAUUGCUACUUACGAAAUUAAUUGGUUGUGGAAGUAGUUUCGUAACUUAAAUUCUGUAAGUAGCGAUGCAUUUUCCAUGUAUAUGCUCUAAUCCGUUCCCAGCCCCCCAAAAUUAAGACAUAGAUCUUUUUAAAUGCAUAGAAAUGCAACAAAACAUGUAACGAAUAAAUGUGUUGAGCAAAAUGUGAAAAAACAGGACUGAAAGUUAAUACACUCAUUAGCUAUUCGAUUAAUCGAUGAAGUAGUUAGUUCGAAUAAUUGAGUAAUCGGAUAAGGAACAUCACAAAUUAAAAUACCUGAGGUGAGCCUCUAAUGGUAUAAAAAAAUAGAUAAAUGAACAAAUGAGGAUCUAUUUACAACAAAAGAACAAUUGGACAACUUUCAUAGCAAAAGUACGCUAGUUUAAAUGCUAUAAGAAGCUAACUUUUUUUUUUAAUGCUCUUAACAAACUGGUUCAAACAAACAUUCCCACAAAAAAAAAGGUUAAAUAUACUGUACCUAUAAAGUAUACUACGAAUGCAUGAAAAAAAUAUUAGCUCAAACAAAAACUUCGUGUAUGUUGGUCUUAAUAGGGAGCAGCUGGAUUCAGCAACGUGAAAUGAGUUAUGUCACAUUCACUGUUGCCACUAGAGGGCAGUGUAUCCACCCAAAUCAAUAAAACUAAAUGCAAACACCUUCAAAUCAAACCAUUACAACGCCACUUUAAUUAAACGAAUACUCGAGGCAAAAAAUGUAUUUUUCAUCUAUUUUUCUAAUCGAAUUACACUAGUUAAUCGAUUAAUCGUUGCAGCAGUAAUACUCAUGUAAAGCUGUUGAACACGAGGGGCAAAUGAAGAGGACGCUGGGAUUAGUGCUACAAUGAUUAAUCGAUCAACUUGAGUAUUCAAUUAGAAAAAGAUUCGAAUUGAAUACUCGAAGCAGCAAAACUUGUUUAAAGUCGCGUUGUAAUGGUUUGUUUCAAAAGUUUUUGCAUUUAGUUUUAUUGAUUUGGGUGGAUACACUGCCCUCUGCCUGAUUUUACAUGGCGGAAUCUAGCUGCUCCCUGCUAAGACCAACAUAAGCUAAGUUUUUGUUUUGAGAUUUUUUUUAAUGCCUUCGUUAAGUAGUUUAUAUGUAUAUUUAGCCAUUUUUAUGGGAAUAUUUGUCUGAACCAUUUGUUAAGAGCAUUGCAAAAAAAAAAAGUUUUAUAUUCAAUUCAGUUUAUUCACACACAUUCAUAUUUACAUAUUUAUAGCAGUCAAGCUAGCGGAUUUUUGCUAUGUAAGUUAGCCAAUUGUUCUUUUGUUGUACGUAGAUCCUCAUUUUUUUAUACCGUUUGAGGCUCAGCUUAGGUAUUUUAAUUUUUUAUGUUGUCCGAUUAUUCGAACAAACUAGUUCACUGAUUAAUCGACUACUAAAAUAUUCGAUAGCUGCAGCCCUAGCUGGGAAAUACAUAUACAGUAGAAGACCUCUUAGCCAGUUGGAUGCCAGGAAUGCUAGGCAAUAGCCAUUGGCACUGCAGCUAAAAGUAUGUUAGGUUCGGUAAACUCUGGGAGCUGCGUGUACCAGCCAUACUGUCUUUUUGCCUUUCGUAGCCUUAAAUUUGUCUCGUAACAAGAGGCAAUAUUUUCCCGUCGGGAUGUCUUGACCUGAAAAUUAUGUAUGAAGAGACGUUCGUAAGUAGAGGUACCACUGUAAACUGGUUACACUAAAUGCAAUUUUAUUAUAGUGCACUUUAACAUUCAAGUGAUGUGGCAUCUUGCAGAAGAUUUUAGUGGAAGUAUUUGGGUUGUUUGUUUCCUUUGUGGGGGGCGUGGCUUAGAUCUUGCCGCUCCUCCCUUAUUUGAAAAACAUGAAUGGUUGUGUAUCUCUGCCUUUUGAUUGGCUGGCAGGUGUAAGAACAUCAAACCCACAAUACUAGUUGAGAUAACUGAUCGUGAAACUGAAUAGAUGGAUUGUAUUUUAUACUUGCAUGCACAUACAGAUCACCACCAAAUAUAGAAAGCAGUAGAAUUUCUUUUAUUCGAGAUUUAAACAUGUCUCUACUGUUUGUUAACACUGAUGCAAAUUAUGUUUACUCUAUUAGCAAUAAUAUACUAUAUGUUGGCCUUGGUUUUCUUUUGCAUUAGCUACAGUACAUGACAGGCACAUCGGGAAAGCAAAAUAAACAAUGAUGGCAUUUGUACAUUUCAAAUAAUUGCUUCAAGAAAUAUAUCAUACUAUAUGGUAAAUGAAGGGUUUUGGCAUUUCAGUGAACAAAAUGACUUCGUAAAAGCAAAAUAAUGGCUUACAUUUAUGCAGCACUAUUGUCUUGGUGUAUUGACAUCGUAAGGAUGUAAACGAAAGUCCACAAAUUUGCUUGUACCUUAUUCAAUCCAUUAACUUUUCAUGGUACAAGUGAAGCACAAGACUAAUUUUUCCUAAGUAAAAUUAUAUAAUUAAAAAAAUGUGAUACAGAUAAAACAAAGCAACAGUGUACAAUAACAUAAAUGAGCCUACAUGGACAUAAAGGUGACAUUGUGGUAAACUUAAUUUUUGUACAGUUUAGAGAAAACUGCUUUAUAAAGAGUGCGAUUGGUCAAAAAUGUGGAGUGCUUUGUGUGUUCAUUUCUGGCUUUCAGCAAAAGGGGUCAAGUAGAAAGAAGUUAUUUCUGUGAUGUAUGAUCCAGUUGAUUUGUGGAGCAACAUCACAUGGCUUUUGCAGGCUUUGCAACAGGAUUGGUGUUGGGUGGGCUCAGCUUCAUGGUAUUGCAAAACUCCACAAG